AUGUAAUAAAGCGAAUAGGAACAAUAAAAGGAGUAAAAAAUUACUCAAAAUGAGAUACCUGAUUUAAUUAUUAAUCCUUAUGAAGUGGUGAACAAUUCUAAGAAGCAAAUAGACUAUGAUAAGUUGAUCCAAUCGUUCGGUUGUUAGAGAAUAGAGCAAAAUCACUUAGAGCGCAUACAAGCCUUAACUUAAAAGCCUGUGCAUCAUUAUUUAAGACGUGGAAUUUUCUUUUCACAUCGAGACCUAAAUUAAGUAUUAGAUGCUUAUGAAGCUGGAAAAGGGUUCUAUUUGUACACAGGGAGAGGACCAUCAGGAGAUUCAAUGCAUGUUGGACAUUUGAUGCCAUUUAUAUUUACUAAAUAUUUAUAGGAGGCCUUUGAUGUACCAGUAGUGAUUGAAUUGUCAGAUGAUGAGAAGUUUUUCCAUAAAAGUGAAACAACUUUGGAGGAAUAUCAAAGAUAUGGAUAUGAAAAUGCAAAAGACAUAAUAGCAUGUGGAUUUGAUGUGAACAAAACAUUCAUUUUCCUAAGCUCAAAAUAUGCAGGUCACAUGUACCAUAAUAUUUGUAAAUUUCAACAUGCGAUAACCUAUUCAUAAUUAAGAGGAAUAUUUGGUUUAAAUGAAUCUGAUAAUUGUGGGAAAGUUGCUUAUCCUGCAGUUUAAGCUGCUCCAUCUUUGUCUUCAUCUUUUAGACACAUUUUCGGAAAGGAUGAAGUUAUGUGUUUAGUUCCUCAAGGCAUAGAUCAAGACCCAUAUUUUAGAAUGACUAGAGAUGUAUGCUAUAAACUCAAGGUUCCUAAAACUGGAUGUAUUCAUUCCCAAUUCCUACCAGGAUUACAUGGAUUCGGUACAAAAAUGGGAACUACAGAUCCUACAUCUGCCAUCUUCUUAACAGAUAGUCCAAAAGAAAUUGAAGAAAAAGUUCUCUAUUUUAUUUAUUUAAUUAGAUCAAAAAACAUGCAUUGUCUGGUGGAGGUAUGACUAAAAAAGAACAUCAAGAAAAAGGAGCUGAUCUUACUGUCGAUGUUCCAUAUCACUAUUUGAGAUUUUUCCUUGAAGAUGAUGCUCGUCUUGAAGAAAUCAGAGUAUAAUAUGGAAAAGGUGUUAUGAUGACAAGUGAAGUCAAAAAAGAAUUAAUUACAGUUCUUACUAAAAUUAUAACAGAACAUUAGUAAAGAAGAGCACUUGUCACAGAUGAAAUGGUUUAAAAAUUUAUGGAAUUAAGACCUUUAAGCAACUAUCCACCUAAAAAGAAUAAUUGAGA